AUGAGGAAUUCUAUGAUUUUAUUAUCAAUCAUUGGGGUGAUUGUCCUUUCUACCGCAUUCGUCUCGGCUGUAACCCAAAAUGAAGGGGAAGGAAACACCCUAGAGUGCGUCUUCGAGGACAACAUUGGCAAUUGCCUGAGAAAGAGACUUGCUAGGGACAUUGACAGGAUCGAAAUUGAAGUAUCUGGAAAGAAAAGUGAACCACCGAUGAGCGAGGUCAUUGAGCAAACUGGAAAUUUCAUCGCUGAGUUCGUAAGCGACGUGCAAGAGGAACUCCAAGAGGAUGAGGAGGAAAUCGCCGAACGAAAAGCAGGCGUAGACAGUCGUGCAUUGGAAGAAGCACGUAGAAAGAAACAUGGAAAGAAGAAGAAGAAGCAUAUGCAAAAGCUGAUGGCCUUAGUGAUGAUGUUCAAGGCCAAGCUCGCGUUACUCCUUCAAAUUAUUUCGACGCAUUUGCAAAUAAAGCUCUUCGUAAUAGCGGUUAUAAGCUUCAUCAUGAACGCAACUAAAUUCUGGAUCGAUCUUAAAAAGAAUCAUCAACCAUCUAAAGUAAUUUAUUACGAGCACGCUCAACACCAACACCAUUACGACCAUGAGGACGAUCAUCAUGGUGGUUAUUGGGGAAGAUCGUCAAACGAUUCGCCUCAGGAUAUCGUUUAUAGCUCGUACGUUCCUCAGGAGUAA